AUGUCGGUGCUGCGAGCUCUCGUGUCCGUGCUAGGAAUCUCGGCGGCCGUCGCAGACUCGGACACUCUGAAGACCUGUCUGAAGGAUACGCUGACUGACAGCGGCCGCGUCGCGUUCAAGGGGGAUGUGUUCGACCACGCCACGGCUGUCAACCCCUACAACCUCAACCUCCCAGUGACCCCGGCUGUCGUGACCUUCCCGGCCUCAACAGGUCGCCGCGGGACUUUACUGGGGGAUGUGAUGAAUCGGCUGCACGACGCCGGUGGGCGGGCCAUGUCCCAUGGGACCUGCCCGCAAGUCGGAUCCGGUGGGCAUUUCAUCAUCGGCGGCCUGGGCCCGACGUCGCCCUCGGCCAAGAAGCACCCGGACGUGUUUUGGGCCAUCAAGGGUGCGGCGUCGGGCUUUGGUAUCGUGACCGAAUUCAAGGUCCGCACGGAGCCAGAGCCCGGUACCGCAGUGCAGUAUGCCUAUACCCUGAAGGUUGGCAGCACGAAGGCGCGGGCUCAGCUGUUUAAACAAUGGCAGGACUACGUCUCUAACCCGAAGCUGACUCGGAAGUUGGCUUCGACGCUCACCCUGCUCGAGGGUAGCAUGGCCAUCACGGGCACCUUUUACGGGGCCAAGAAGGAGUAUGACGCGCUGAAGAUUGACCAGCAAUUUCUGGGAGCCAACGGCAGUGCAGUGGUAUCCCGGGACUGGCUGGGCUCUUCAGGCACGCUGGCAUGGUUCCUGUUGUUUGACUUCCAGGGCUAUACCAACGACAUUGCGACUGAUGCGACCUCCUACGCUUACCGCGACGUAUCGAUCUGGCUGCAGCCAUACUCUAUCAACCUGCUUGGCCCUGUCACUAAAACCCAAACCAAAUUCCUCGAUCAGGUCAACAAACUCGUCACCAACGACAAGGCGCCGUAUGCCGCCUACCCGGAAUAUGUAGAUCCCCGCAUGUCCCAUGGCCAACAGGCUUAUUGGGGGUCCAACCUGCGCCGGCUGGAGCAGAUCAAGGCGGAAAUUGAUCCCAAGAACGUGUUCCGCAACCCGUAA